AUGACGCCAAAAAAAGGUACUGGACGAAUGUCACAAUUAAAAUUACUGAUGUGGAAGAAUUUCCUUCAACAAAUUCGCUCUCCCAUAUUUACAGCAUUAGAAUUCAUUGUCCCAUUACUACUAAUUGGUAUUACAUUUGGCUUAAUGAUUGCGCUACGAUACAAAUAUGAACUUUCACAUCCAUCAACAACAUAUAAGCCAUGGAUAAUUCAAGGAUCAGUUAUUGAUUUGAUUAUACCACCAGAUUUUUCUCAAAUAUUUGUUGAUACCAUUGUUGAUACACGAUAUAUAAUAAGUGGUAAAACAGUUAAUGAUGAUUGCAUAUUUUUGAAUGUGACAAGAAAAUUCAAUGAUAUAAAUAUCAUAGCAAAUAUUGAUUUGGAGAUUGUUUACACUCCAACUAAUCCUGCUAUUGAUGAAAUUAUGCAAAUUAUUCGGGGACGAUACACCACUUCGGAUAUAUUCGAACAACUGGAAAAUGAUACAUUAUUUGGACAAUCAAUGAAAAUCAACUUCUUGGAGAAAUUUGAUCCUAAUAUGCUAAUUAAGAUAUCUUCUACAACGAAACUUACACGCGGAAUUGUUUUCGAUGACCAAUUCGCCAACUCUGUCAAUACCACUGAUACUAUCAGUUAUUCGAUUCGAUUGUCAAAUACAAAACGUCGCUAUCAUCCAUUAUUUAGUAGUUUAUUACCAUGGAAUACACAAAUCAAAUUCGCAAUACCAAUUCGUACUGGACCAUUGGAUAGAUUAAAUCCAAGCGGUGGAAAUCCUGGCUAUUGGCAAGAAGGCUUUUUAACAUUGCAGAAAGCAAUUGAUGUCGCGGUACAACAAUAUUUAACAAAUACAACCAAUAGUCCUGUCUUAAUGCUUCAGCGUUUUCCAUAUCCACCCUACAAAAAUGUUAUCAUCGAGCUUGGAGUAUAUUUCUUAUCCACCGUUGUCGUAUUUUCCUUCUUUAUCAAUGUUGUUUAUAUUACACGGACUAUUGUAACCGAGAAAGAGACUCAAAUAAAGGUUGAAUUAAAAUUAAAUUUCACACCUACAUUGUACUGUACUGUCAUAUUAAAGUAA